AUGGCGAUGCACGAUCUAGUUUCGUGGACGGCGAUUCUUUCGGCCUACACGCAGCGAGGAGAGAUCACUGGAGCAGCGGCAAUCUUCGAGGCAAUGCCGGAGAGGGAUUCCAUCGCCUGGACCGCAUUGCUGAGUGCGCAUGCCCAAAAGGGGCAACUGGAGCGCGCGCUGGAGAUCUUCCAGUCGAUGCCGCAGAGGAAUCUGGUCUCCUGGACGGCGCUGCUGGCUGCGUCCUCCGCAAGCGGCGAGGUCGAGCGCGCGGCGGCGAUCUUCGAUCGAAUGCCGCAGCGCGACUGGAUUGCCUGGAACGCGAUGAUCUCCGCCUACGCGCAGGGCCAACGAUUGCGCGACGCCAAGAAUCUCUUCGACGCUAUGCCACAGCAAGAUCUCGUCUCUUGGAACGCGAUGCUAGCCGGCUAUUCGCAGAACGGCCAUCUCCGAGAGACCGUGGAGCUCUUCCACGCCAUGCCCAAGCGCGACCUAGUCUCUUGGAACUCUCUCGUUGGCGCGUACGGACUGCACGGAGACGUACGGAGUGCCGAGCUGGCUUUUCGUGCGAUGCCGGAGUGGAAUCUGGUAUCUUCAAACUCCAUGCUCACGGCAUAUUCGCAGGGCGGGAAAAUUCAAGGUGCCCUUGCGGUGCUCGACGCGAUGCCCGAGAGGGAUAUCGUGACGCUCAACGCGAUCGUCUCGGCGUUUGCAAGCCAGGGUUUCACGGAUGAGGCGAAGAAGAUCUUCGAUGCGAUGCCGGAGAGGAAUUCUUUGUCAUGGAGUGCUCUGCUCGUCGCCUAUGCCGCUGCCAGUGGCGCCGAAUCCAUCGAUCACGCCAGGUUCUUGUUCGAUUGCAUUCCAGAGAGAAAUAUCAUCACCUGGAACUCUCUCCUCUUUGCUUACACCCGCCAGGGCCUGAUGAUCGCCGCCAAGAAGCUCUUUGAUGGGAUUCCAGAGCGAAAUCUCGUGUCCUGGGGUGCGGUUCUCUCCGGAUUGGCUCGCAGCGGCGAUCACUCCUCAGCGAUCGAUGCAUUCCACGCCAUGAAACUCGAACAUCUCCCCGAUGCAACGAGCAUUCUCUCGGUUUUGAUUUCAUUCAGCCAUGACGGCGAUCUCUUCCAAGGACGGAGAUUGUUUCUGUCGACGGGGAUGGAUUUUGGCGUGGAUCCAACAAAGGAGCACUAUUGCUGCUUGAUUGACAUGCUGGCUCGAGCAUCAUUCUUGCAUGAGGCAAAAGAUCUCAUUCGAAUCAUGCCCUUUGUUCCCACUGCUCGCGAAUGGGUGUGCUUGCUUGCGGCAUGUAGAAGCCACAAGGAUGGAGCUAUGGCAGCAGAGCAUGUUCUCGCCAGGGAUCCAGGACAUGGAGCAACAUAUAUGAAAAUUAACUACCCUGACAUGGACUGCCAGCUGGCAUUUCAGCUGAAACCCGAGCCCAACUACCAAGCACAGCAUUCUUUUCGGCCGAAGGCACCCUCUUCUCUCGAGUCCACCACUCUCUGUCUGAGACGAUAUCACCACCAAGCGUAA